GUGACAAAACAGACUGUGGUGACAGACAGCAGCCAGAACAGCACCGGCAGCAGGCACAAACCCGCCUGGCUCCUACAACAGCACCACAGCCCUCUCCAGCGUGUUUCAGCUCCACACCCACCCAAAUGGGCAGCCAAUUCAGAACAAUGGGUGUCCUCUAUGUGACCUUCCAGCCUCUCCAGAAGCCUGCUGUGAAGAAGACCUCCAAGGGACACCACAAGAAGUGAGGGAAAAGUGACCAGGGAAGUGGACAGAGUGAAGCAGAAGCCUGCAAGACAGCACUGAGGACAGUACACAUUCCAGGGAGAGGAGCAGAGUCGGGUUUGCUACCCAUUCUGAGAGAGGAGCAAGGUGGAUGGCAAUCACAGGUGUGCGAUUGCCCUGGGCCUCAGAGGAAGGCAUCCCCACAACAGCUCUUACCAUGGUAACAAGAGAGCAUGCAGGCACCAGGAUGGGUCUGCUGCAACAGAGGUGCACUGAGAACCUGCUCCAUGUGCUAGUUUUACUGGAAACUGUUGGGACUUUUGCCUUGAUGUCCUAUGCACUGGUGUACGAAGCCGGAAACCUGGUGAACCUCCCUGACAAAUGCAUUGGCUUUUACAACUUCUGCCUGUGGAAUGACACAGCUGGGGAGCUGCAGUGCCUGGACAACAAACAUCUACAGGCAAUGGGCAUCAGUCUACUAGAAAUAGCACUAGCCAGGGUUUGUGUGUAUACCUGCCUGGUCUUCAUCCUCUUCCACCUUGUUUUUGUUUUAACUGUGAAUUGCAGUGGGCAGAGAGAGAGGUGGAAGAUGAUCCGCAUCAUACCCUUGAUCAAGAUGAUAAUCCUGUCUGGAGGCCUGGGUAUGUUUCUUUCACAAACCUCACAGUGGAUUCAUCCCUCUGAUUUCACUGGAGGCUUCCUGGCACUGCUUGGGACUCAGGCUUUGUUACUGCUCCAGAUUAUCACUGCCACUGUGUACCUCAGCUGGGCCAAGUACACACAUAUGUGUAUCGAAGCCAUUUAAAUGAGGAGGCUUUGCCUACUAAGAUUUGACAGUGAAGCAGAUGCAAGAGCUAUUGGUAACAUGAUUUAAAAUAGUAAUCCGAAUACAGCUUUGCUCCCUAGCAAAAAUCUGCUCCCCAGUCCAAAGGCUCAUGUCAAGCCAUGCUCUGGCACAUUGCUGUGUGCAGCACUCCUGCAUCAAGUUGGCAGCAGACACCAGCAGCCAUAGCACAGCACAGAAGCUUCACAGGUACAACAGCAUGUAACACCCCUCAGUUUGGGGCACAGCAUCAAAGGGACAGCACUUCUGGGCCCCAAAGAGCAGUGAAGGUAGCAGAACCAGCAUACAGCGGACACAGCCCUCUGCCCAUAUGUAGUCUAAAUAAAAAAAGUUGCUAGUAUCUCAUAGUAUGUGAAUCAUCUGUAAUUAACUAACAAGAUGUUAUUAUUACCUUUUGCUCUACUAUAUAACAAAGAUAAAGGGACUUUAAAAACAGGAUCUGCAGAUUAUGUUUAACUAGGAACUAAAACAUGUUGGGGAAAAUGUAACCAAAUAGGUAAUUCCUUUGUAAGUAAACAGGAUAUAAAUCACUUACAAUAAAUAAGCAGCCAAUCAAAACCUACCUUCAAGGCUGUGAAGAAAGCCAACUAGGAUGAUACAGAAAUAACACCAAAAACCAGUUUUUCAGUUUGAAAACAAGAUAACAGACUAAGCAUACGCCAAUUAAGAAACUGCAAUAAAAGGAUAAGUGAUGAAGAUGAUUAAACGACCACCAAAACCCCUAAAGGACACCAGAUGGCAGAGAAGACUGAAAUAAUUAACUUCUGUUGGUAUCAAUCAUUUUUCAAAAUAUCCUUUUUAUGUUAUCAAUUUGUCUGUGUAGUGAAUAUGUAACAGCCUUGUAAAUAGAAACUGCAUUAAUUCAUCCAGUGGCUGGGAGAAGUUAUGCAAAUAAUGCCUGUUUGUGAUAUUCUUUGCUGUUGAGUGAAUUUGUUUCAAGGGACAUGAGGGUCUGUUUUCUCUCUUGCUUCAGCCUUGGUAGGGAUGAGGCUGGUGAUGCUGAUUUAACCGAUUCUACAUUUCAAUACAUGCUCUCACACCUGG